AUGUCUGCUCGAAACUAUUUAUCGGCACGGGAGAAAAAUAUAAGUAAACUAAUCGAUUGUUUGCCAAAUAUUAACCAACAGAAAUUCGGUUAUCGCUCGGGGCAGGAGCUGCCGCCCUUGUCAGCAAAUACGAGUAGUUUUGUGAACCGAAAUUUGAAUUAUUCGUUUGAGGUGCAACCUUACAUGGUGAACAGUCUGGAGAGGGCCGGGACACCGUUUUCAGACUUUUUCUCGGAAAGCGAGACAGGAACUCCAGAUUUCCACAGCGAGGAGAGUGACAGCAGUUCUGGGUCUGCACUGCGCCGCAGCACAGCUGAAGCUACCAAGACAUUAGCUGCAGAGUGGGAUCAGAUUGAGAGGACUCUGUACAAUGAAGACGGGGAGAAGAGCCAACGGCCGCAGAUUGUCGAUGAGUGCAAGCAGUGGAGACAGCUGCACCCACAACUCAGGAUCGUCGGCAAGGCAAUACAAUUGCCCGAAAAGCGUUUGUCAUACAGACAGAUGGAACACGACGAGGUCAUCGCUAUGCACUACAGCGACUACGAGGAGUUUAGCGAGAGCGAGGAGCGUCUCUCGCAGAGCUCCACCGACGUCACGCCGCAGAACUCGCCGCGUGUCUCCAUCGAGGAUCUGGGCGAACACAGGCUGUCCCGGGAAAAGGUAUCCUUCUAUCCAAUGUAUAAUGACGAAACUGAUUUACCCGACGCGUUCUGCUCUCUGCUCCAAAUCACACCGAUACAAAUUCAUAGCCCCUAUAGAAAGAGACAGAAUCCCUCCAUUCUGAGGUCUGAACUAGCAUCUUCCCGGUGGAUGAGGAAUCCUAGGCCUGAUUCAUCUUUAAAUUGUGAUAGAAAUAGUGCUAAGUCUUUUGUUUCGUUGGAUACUAGAAAUUAUGGAAAUAUGGCGUUGAGCGCGUCGGAAAGAAACGUGUUAAUGAAUAAUAGAGUUGUUACUGCAAGGCAUAGAGACUUGGCCAGAUUAGAACCUAUAUGCACGCCGGAGAUACCGCAGAGCGAUGUCACUCGGCUGCCGAAUGGUAUUACAUCUCAAUAUAACAUUAGGAAGGUCUCAUUGCCGCCUUUGCUUUUAGAAGAAGAGAAGAAAAAAGUGACUGUCGGUUCUGCUAAGAAACACAAUCUUAGAACUAGGAAGUCUGUUUCUAGAGGGACGUUUCAGUUGGACAGGGUGAAACAUAAUUGA